AUGUUUGAGGUGAGGCAGCAGACGCGUCCGCUGACGCGCUUUACGGGCAAGCCCCCGGAGUCGCGAAUGCCUUGGGACGUACGUUUUAGACUCUGGCGCCGGUCAACUGAGUUCUGGUGGCGUGCCGGUUCCAUAUACUGUUCUUACAAGUGGUCUCAGUUUUUCAUUGGUGCUCUCGGGCGCUUGGGAGCGCUGAAUCGUGACGCGGCCUGGUCCUCACAACACGAACGAGCAUCGAAAGCAAUGUACAACAUGUGCAGCGAAAUGCGUGGUUUCCUGAUCAAAGCUGGACAGUUCCUGGCAACACGAGCCGACUUUUUGCCCGAACCGUUUAUUCGGCGAUUAUCCAAGCUACACGACGAUGUGGAGCCGAUCACCGCAGCUGCUGCGCAGCGAGUCGUUGCGAGCGAGCUCGGUAUUCAGCACUUGGACGACAUAUUCGAGUGCUUCGAGUCGGAUCCGCUUGGUGCGGCAUCGAUAUCGCAAGUGCACCGUGCAAAGCUGCGAAAGAGCAUUGCCAGCGCGGCGCUCGGGAAGCGUCAUCGCGACACCUGGGUCGCCGUCAAAGUCCAAUACCCGGACGCUGAAAACAUGAUGCUGAACGACCUCGCAUCGCUGCUCAUUCUGGCGCGGUUCCUGCAGCGCUACGAACUAAAGUUCGACUUGGAGUCUCCAGUUUUGGAACUGCAAAGUCAGAUCCGCCAAGAGUUCGAUUUCAUUCGCGAGGCAGCGAACACGGAGCGCAUCCGCUCACUUGUGCUUGGAAGCCGCAAACUGCGAGCCCGCAUCCAGGUGCCGCGGAUUUAUCAUGCGACGAAGCGCCUCAUCAUCAUGGAGUACUUGGAUGGAGUGCCGAUCCCGCAGCUGGAGGAGGAACUACGACGCCGACGUGUCCGAAUACCCGCCCGACUGGAGCGAAUGCUGGAACGGAACCUGAUGGAUUCGAUUGCGCUCGUGUAUGGCAAGAUGCUUCUCGGGAAGGGUUUCUUCCAGGCGGAUCCCCAUCCGGGAAAUAUGCUCGUCCUCCAGAGGAAUUGGAGCGGAAAUCGAUCUUUUUUUAAGGGUACACUGGCUUAUCUCGGCCUCGUUGAGCCGACAAUCCAGCUAGGCCUCUUGGAUUUUGGCCAGUGCAAGCAGCUGACUCCAGAGCGACUGCGUCAGCUGCGCGCGCUCAUGCGGGCGAUGUACAGAGGGCACCACGUUGCAGCCGCUUUUUUCGAUCUGGGUAUCGCACUGGAGCGGGAGCCCGAAUUCUACGACCCGAAUGACGUUGCCAUUCUAGCGUAUUCUAUGUUUGAUACGCGGCCGCUGCCUGCGGGCCGGAGCAUUUCGCCGUUCGAUCCGAACUGCCCGCUGAAGCAGACGCCUGUGCGGCAUCUUCCCGGUGAUUUAUUCUUCGUACUGCGCACGAUUCAGAUCCUGCGCGGUCUCCAGAGCCGCAUGCAGAGCCGGCAGUGUCUGAACACUUCGCUGGCAAAGGAAUGGUGCGGUCGCUGGGGCCUUUGCGCGGACUAG